GCGGCAACAAUGCUGCUCCUCCUCGUCGCCCUCCUCGCGGCGCCCACGGCGGUUGCCGGCGGCGAGAAGAUCCCGACGCUGGUGUUCAUCCUGGCGGGGCAGUCCAACAUGGGUGGCCGGGGCGGCGCCACGGUCGGCGGCAGGUGGGACGGGUACGUCCCGCCGCAGUGCGCGCCGUCGCCGCGCACCCUGCGCCUCUCCCCGGCGCUGCAGUGGGAGGAGGCCCGCGAGCCGCUCCACGCCGGCGUGGACGUCGGCAACGUGCUGGGGGUCGGCCCCGGCAUGCCGUUCGCGCACGCGGUGCUGCGGUCCGCCAGGGUGCCCAAGGGCAGCGUGGUGGGGCUGGUGCCGUGCGCGCAGGGCGGCACGCCGAUCGCCAACUGGUCCCGCGGCACGGACCUCUACGACCGCAUGGUCACCCGCGCCAGGGCCGCCGUGGCCGGCACCGGGGGGCGCGGGAGGCUCGCGGCGGUGCUGUGGUUCCAGGGGGAGACGGACACCAUCAGGAGGGAGGACGCGCUGGCCUACGCCGGCCGCAUGGAGGCCAUGGUCCGCGACGUCCGCCGGGACCUCGCCAUGCCCGACCUCCUCGUCAUCCAGGUUGGGAUCGCGACGGGGCAGGGCAAGUUCGUGGAUCUGGUGCGCAAGGCGCAGCGGGCGGUGAGGGUGCCCAACCUCAGGUACGUCGACGCCAAGGGGCUCCCCAUCGCCAACGACUACACGCACCUCACCACCCAGGCACAGGUCCGCCUCGGCGCCAUGCUCGCCGAAGCUUACCUCGCCACGCUCCACUGAUUCGUUCUCCAGUGAGUAUGUGUGAGCCUGCCACUGUCAGUAGCUAGCUCGGUGGUUUGUAGAGCACUGAAACACUGCUAAUGCAUCCAUUGAUUCCACCGGAAGAGUUUGGUGAUUGAUUAGAUUAAGUGGCUAAUGAGUGAAUCUGCUUAGUCUAUAGCGUAGCAGUAUACAUUAUGCUGCUCAAGUGUUAAACCAGAAUCUCUGGUAGCCUUGUAUUGAUGUAUUCUCUUCUGGCUUUCAAAUGUAAAGCCGGGCUAUAUCAAUUGUGACAAAUGAGAUGCCAUAUAAUGCAAA